AUGGUUGAGCCAAUUCUAGGGCAAGCCUAUGGCUACUGCUACAUCCUUGUGUUAGCCGCUGGGUUUGCAGCACUGAUGAUCUUUAUUACAAAAAUUUUGUCAAAACUGCUUGGCGAGAAGCAGAACUCGGAGCGAUUCACCACCUCUGGGCGUAACACUUCCUCUGGUUUAAUUGCUUCUGCGGUUGUCUCAUCAUGGACAUGGCCCGGGACGCUUCUGACUUCCAGUGGUAUGGCGUACUCUUACGGUAUCUGUGGUGGUGCUUGGUACUCAUUUGCGUUCACGAUCCAAAUUACGUUCUUUGCUGUGCUGGCGUUGGAAAUCAAACGGAAGGCGCCCGGCGCCCACACGAUUUUAGAGAUUGUCAAGGCCAGAUUUGGCAAAGUUGCUCAUUGGAUCAUGCUGUUCUACGCCUUGGGUACCAACGUUAUUAUCUCUGCAAUGCUUCUACUCGGCGGUUGCCAGGCCAUUAAUGUCAUCACUGGUAUGCAUUUGGUUGCUGCAGCUAUGCUUUUACCCAUCGGCGUUUUUGUUUUCACUGUCAUGGGUGGCCUUAAAAGUACCUUCAUUUCGGACUGGUUUCAUACCAUAAUCAUCUACCUUGUCAUCAUUAUAAGCAUCUUCAAUACCUUCACCAGAUCAGAGAAAAUUGGUUCUAUCGACAGGAUGUAUGAAAUGCUUGUUGAAGUCGCUGAAACACACCCAUCUGCUGGAUACAAAGGGUCCUAUUUGACGUGGACCAACAAAACCGCGUUGCUAAACGGCUGGAAUAUCGUCAUUGGCGGGUUUUCCACCGUGUUCUGCGACCCUUCUUACUCCCAAAAGGCCAUUGCUGCUAGGCCAAAGUCCAGUAUGUUUGGUUAUUUCUUAGGUGGCCUAUGUUGGUUAGUUAUUCCACUGGCACUUUCUUUGGCCUCUUCGUUGGCAAACUUGGCCUUGGUCAACGACCCUACAUCCCCUACCUAUCCGAACUUGGUUCCAACAACUCUUGUCAACGAGGGUAUUCCUAUGCUGUAUGGUUUGUUUAUGACUUUGGGUAAGAGUGGGUGUGCAGCAGGUCUACUAAUGAUCUGGCUAGCAGCCACCUCUGCUACUUCUGCGGAAUUGAUCGGGUUCUCUUCUGUUGUGACAUACGAUGUCUACCGUGCUUACAUAAACCCAAAAGCCAGCGGUAAGCAGCUUGUUAACGUCACCCACAUCUGUGUCACUCUUUUCGCCAUUGCUAUGGGUGGUUUGACGGUUUUGUUCAACUACAUUGGUAUCACAAUCAGCUGGAUUAUUAGUUUCAUUGGUGUCAUCUUGGGACCGGGUGUCUUCGCUUUCACUUUGAGUCUCUUCUGGAGCAGAAUGACCAAAUUCUCCAUCAUUAUUGGUCCGCCUUUAGCCUCUAUCAUUGCUCUAAUCGGCUGGUGUGCUUCUGCUAAGUCCUUCUACGGGGCUGUUAACAAAGAUACUUUAGGUGAACAAUAUUCAUGUGCUGUUGGUAACUUUAUCGGUCUUUUUGGCUCCCUGAUCUUCAUAAUCGUUAUUUCUCUGCUUAAGCCAGAUAAGAAACCUUAUGACUUUGAAACUCUUGAUGAGAAUUUCGUUGCUGCAGAUGAUGCGACCGUCGAAGAAGCAACUGCCAUGAAAAUCAAAGAUCCAAACGAGAAGCGCGAACUAAAGAUAUACUCCUUUUACUCGCAGAUCAUUGCGUGGUCUUUGUUCUUUAUUUUGAUCUUCUUAAUUCCAAUGCCCAUGUAUGGUCAGAAUUACAUUUACUCUAAGAAGUUUUUCCGCGGCUGGGUAGUUAUUGUGAUGAUCUGGCUUUUAAUCGCUGCCACAAUUAUCAUUCUAUUACCAGUAUACCAGAGCAGAAACACACUACGCAAACUUUGGGACAUUUCCAGAGGAAAGCAAGAAAGGAUUGAAAAGGAGUUGUUAUCUGCCCAACCCUCCCAUGUAAUCGAGGGACUCGAAGAGGUUAUCGAAAUUAACGUCGAAGUGAAUUCCAAAGAACGCGAAGCUUGA